CCAUUAGCAGCUAGGAAUGUCAAUCACCAGGUCCCAGCUGGAGAUUCCCUGCCGCCACCCAGCAAUCGUCGGGCAAAGCUGACAGAGGAGAGACCUGUGUGUAACCAACACUGGUCUCUCUCCAGUCAGCAAGGACAUGCUGCUGUGUGUUUCUAUCAGCAUGUCUCCCUAGUAAAACAAACACAGCACAUCAUGUAAAACAGCACACAGCACACAAUUAACCCUUUGAUCGCCCCACAUGUUAACUCUUUCCUGCCCAGUGCCAUUAAUACAGUGUCAGCGCUUUUUAUUAGCACUGAUCACUGUAUUAGUGUCAUUGGGAUGUCAGUGGCAGUUAGUUCACCCCCAGUGUCAGAAUGCCCAUCGCAGUCCCGCAGUCCCAUUAUAAGUCGCUGA